AUGACCUCCCAUUAUGCGCACCAACCUGUGCCGGCCACCGAUGUGUUCAAGCCAGACAUUUUCCGUGGAAAGGUGGUGCUUGUUACAGGAGGGGGCUCUGGUAUUUGCUACAAGAUCACCGAGACGCUCAUGCGCUUCGGCUGUAAGGCAGCGAUCGUGGGCCGGAAGGCGGACCGGUUGCAGGAGGCAGCACAGCAGCUGUCGCGCGAUACCGGCUCGCAGGCGAUAUCUCUGCCUGGCGACGUGCGCCAGUACGUGGCGAUGCAGCAGAUCGUCAAGAAGACCAUCGACCAGUUCGGCCAUAUCGACUUUGUGAUUUGCGGAGCGGCUGGCAAUUUCAUGUCGCCUCUGCAGGGCCUGUCAUCGAAUGCUUUCCGCGCCAUUCUGGAGAUUGAUUUGCUCGGUACAUUUAACACGGUUCGCGCCACGAUGGACGAAAUAAAGCGCACUCACGGCUCAUACUUGCACAUUUCAGCUACGCUGCACUACUCUGGUUUGCCAUGGCAGGGUGCGGCGUCGUCGGCCAAAGCAGGUGUAGAUGCUCUCUCGAAUGUGGUGGCAGUGGAGCUCGGGCCUUUUGGCGUGCGUAGUAAUUGCAUUGCCCCUGGUCUGAUUGCCGGUACGGAAGGCGCGAGUCGUCUCUUGCCACAGGGCUCAGAAGAGCUGGCUCGCUCGCUGAUCCCAUGUCAGCGAGUCGGUGAACGCACAGACAUUGCUAAUGCAGCCGUUUUCCUGUUCAGCGACGCGGCCAACUGGAUCACAGGCCAGGUGAUUGUGGUGGAUGGUGGCCACAUGCACUUCCGCAGUGCCUGGCUGCCAUACCCCGACAGCAUGCUCGACCCACGCUCCUUCAAGGAUCUGUUUCCGGGUCUGCGUCUCUAG